GAAAAAAAUAGACCAAGGGUUAACCAAAUGUACCAAAUUGCUAAAAUAAUCUGACUAAAAAUAUAGUUUAUAAAUGUUUGCUGUUCCUAUUAAAAUAUGAAUUCCAAUGAGACACCCUCUGGGAGCUGAAGAUCCUCGUGCAGUUGAUGACAAUACACAAUACAUUUGUGCUAAGCAUAUCAGGUCGAUAUUCGUUUAAUAUAAAUUUGGUGCGAUAUCUGCCUGUGUUUCAAACAUCCGCCAGACAAAGAUAAGGGGAUUUCAUUGAUUGGAACGCGCUAAAUAAAUCAAAACAUUUGAUCAGUUGUUACUCUGAAGAUUACAAGUUUAAGAAAGGCUCCAUUUUUAUUAUUGUAAAGCAAAUCCUGCAAAGCUUUAUAGGCGUAUUACCAAAUUGCUAAAACGUGUGAUAGUUUGUGAGGUGACAAAUCUAUAAACUGCUUCCCUAUAAGAACUAUGUUUAUUCCCUGCUAUACGACAAUCGAUACCUUAAUUUUGGAUACUCAAAUCUUAAAGAAUAGGGUAUUAACACAAUUGGACAAGCAAGUAGUUUACGGUGGAACUAUAAAUCUCAAUUCAAAAGGAAUGGAACCACAAGGUUGUAGAAUGAUAUACACUGACGGCGCAGGUGUAUCUAUUCUUAAACAAAACUAUGAUCCAGGGAGAAGAGGUGAAGACAAGAAUCCCUUCAAAUACAUGGAAGAUCUGAAAAAAGAAGGCCUUCUUGCUGAUGUCGAAGAGGCCUACAAUAUUGUAUGCACUUCCCAAAACAGAAUGGGUUACAGAUACACAAUUCAUCAGAAAGGAGUUGAAACAAAGUCCAGAAAAUUUAGGAAGCUCCACUUCAGUGAACAAUUUUUUUUUUUUGUAAACUAUAUAGAAGCUAGAGCAGAUGUGUCUGAAUGCUUCAACAACUACUACGGUUAUGAGAAUAUACCUCCAGGAAUCAGGACUCCUAAUUUUUUAUCUUAUCGCAAAAUGAAGCUUUCAAGUAGUAUUAACAUGAAGCAAUCGGAAAAGCGAUUAGCUAAAAAGCUAAGACAAAAGUUUAAACGAGACUCUAUAGUUUUUAUAGAAUACUAUGAAACUGAAUACCAGUUUAAAACUUGUGGAUGUACCAAUGAGAAAUGUCUGCAAGAUAGCAGUUCAAUAACAGAGAUAUGGCCUCAGCGUUGA